CUGUUGGCAGUUGUUGGGGCUUGUGCUUGAACUUGGAUUAGAAAUGGAAAUGGUGAAUUAGGUACAAAGGUUUAAAGCUAUCAUUUGCGGCGAUAUAAGAAAUCUAAAGUGUGAACAUGACGUUGAUAUUCUGAACGUGACGCGGUAUCGUAUAUACAAUUAUAAAAAUCGGACGUUUGGAAAGAAAAUGAUCUAGAUAGAUACGUGCGGUGAUAGACUAGACAACCACACUCCUUUGUCAGUGAUUAGUGUAAAGUAAUCUGCACAAUAUGAAGCAACAGAAAAUGGAGGUAAACAAGGAUUUACUAUAUGAACGAAGCAGAUGUACGUUCGAUCCUGUGGAAGUCACGUAUUUUUUCGAUGGCAGUGCAGAGGAAACGAAAGAACGCCGUAAUCUAGAACAACAUUUUUUGAAUGCUCUGGAAUUAAAAGAAAAUGUAGCAAUGAAAUAUAAGAGCCAUAAAGAAAAAUAUGAAGAUUCUUUACGAAUUGCCUGCAAUGUUUUUCACAAAGUUAGAGAAUUGCAACGCUCAGGAACAGAAAAUAUUGAUCUUCUUUCAAACAUUUUUGAAGGAAGACUUGGAUCUGCAUUGUUCCAAGAUGGAAAUCCAUUGCUCGUGCAUUAUGCUAUGUUUCUACCCGCUCUUAUGGGACAAGCAAAUUCUGAACAGCAAGCAUAUUGGAUAAGCAGAGCUUGGGACGGCGAUGUUAUAGGAACGUAUGCUCAGACUGAACUAGGCCAUGGAACGUUUCUCAGGGGUUUGGAAACUACUGCAACGUACGAUCCAGAAACGAAAGAGUUUGUUUUGAAUAGUCCAAAUUUGACAUCCUACAAAUGGUGGCCAGGCGGAUGUAAGUAUAUUGUAAUUGUUUAA